AUGUUUUUCCGUCCACUACAAUUGCACUUGAAGGAGACGCAUUCUCUCUACCAGUCCCAGCUGUCAGUUGCUCUCGUGCCAGAUAUUGCAGCCGUCAAUGCCUUUGACGAGGCUGUGAAGGGAGUUGACGGUAUCAUCCACACUGCCUCACCUUUUGUUCUGAACGCCCGGGAUUUUGAAGAAGAUUUAUUUCGUCCUGCUAUCAACGGGACACUGUCGGUUCUUCAAGCGGCACAAAGGAACAAUCCCAGUGUCGCGCGUGUGGUCAUCACCUCCUCAUUUGCUGCUCACCUCGAUCCAAGCAAAGGUUCUCGCCCAGGACACACUUAUACCGAUGCCGACUGGAAUCCGGUCACUAGGAAAGACGCAGCCAGCGGCGAUGGUGUCGUCGCCUACCUUGCUUCAAAGACUUUUGCCGAGCAAGCUGCGUGGGAGUAUGUUACGAACGAAAAGCCGGAAUUCACAAUCGCCACACUCUCUCCUCCUAUGGUCUACGGUCCAUUGAUCCAUAACGUCGAAAACAUGGACAACUUAAACACUUCUGCUGGCGAUAUCUACCGCUUUAUCAACGGCUCUCAGCAGGAGGUUCCCGAAACCAAUUUCUGGGCUUUCGCAGAUGUUCGUGAUGUUGCCCUUGCUCACGUCCUCGCUUUCGAAAAGCCCCAAGCCGCGAACCAGCGGUAUCUCAUCUGCUCUUCGGCAUACAGUUACCAACAGAUCUGUGAUGUGAUACGGGAGAAGUUUCCCGAAUUGCGGAGUCUGACUCCAGAAGGGAAGGCUGGAGAACCAUUGCCUUCCGUCUACAAGUUGGACACUUCCAAGGCUGUCGAGCAACUGGGGAUAACUUUCACGCCUCUCGAAAAGACCAUCGUCGGCAUGGUCAACAGCCUGUUAAAGCUACAGAAGAAGCUUAGCGUGGAGUAG